AUGGAGAAGGAGGGCGCGAGGAUGUGCGGAGGAGAGUACCCGGUGCAGAGUCGCCUGGAUGUUGCCCUCCGCCUGGCCAGCUUCAGACCGCUGGCGCCGCGGGCGGCAUCAUCCCCUCCCGAGCGGGAGCAGCAGGGCGGAGACCAGGGCCCUUCCGUUGUCGCACGCCAGGGACCUGGGGAUCGCUCGCUGGCCGCCCUGGUCGAAAAGCCCCUGUCUCCAAGUUCCAGGGAGGGCCCCUUUCAGAGUGGGAAGCUAAUUUUAGCGGAGGCUGGGAAGAGAGAGACACAAUUUUUAAAAUCAUUUAGGUUGAACAACGCUUGACCCUUAGCUGAGUUAUUUGGGGGGUGGGGGGGGUGGGGAGCAGUGCCAUUUAGCGAGGUUGUGGGGAAGUUCCCCGGUCAGAUACUUAUGGGUUCCUGGGGUAAGCAUUUCAUGCUGAGUAGGACGGCAUUGGAAGACUACAGUGUAAUAUUGAUGAAAAGAGGGCCUGCCAUAUCAUAUCUGAAGGUAAUGCAAUGGGCUUUAGGUGCAUAUUGGUUCCAGAAGGAGCAAAGACAGAAAAGGAAGGCCGUCUUUGGAUCACAAAGGAUGAGUAAUAUAAGCUUUGAACUAAGAAAAGACCACCGUGAUCUGGCUAAGAAUUACCAACACUGGCACGAUUCAUGGAAAAUAAGUCAUGUAGAACAGUAGCUGGGCAAUGUGGAUUUUAUUAAUUAGGAUAUUUGAGUAACUGAAGACAUGGAAUAUUGAACAUUUGAUGCAAUAGCUUUGGACAUGUUAAAUCCUCAAGUUGCUUUGCCUGUUUCAUACCUACAUUUUAAAAAGGGAAACCAGGUGGUAUAUGUGUUAUAUAUAGCAAACAUCACAAGGGUUAUUGAACUGUUAGAUGGAAUUCGCAUCUGUAAACUUCCUCUCUCUGACAAGAUAGUCAUUAUCAGAGAUUGGUUGGUCUGCCUUGCAAAACAGAAAAAUGGAAUGUUAGCUCAAAAAGUAGAAUGUAAAACCAACACAGAUCUACACUUACAUUCUUGAAAGCAAACUGUAGUUGAAGAUGAGCUGUUUCAAGAAAAUGACCGUGAAAAAUCACAUUGUGAUUUUCCCUGUGGAUCAUUUCUUUAUAUUGCUAUACCUGUACACUGGCAAACUGGUCACAGAGCUUUUCUUGUCAAGUUGAGGAAGUUCAAACUACAACUUAACUGCAUACUACAGAUGACAACAACUAUUCUGAAGACUGAAAAGUAUAAAAAUAAAACUUUAUAUUUCAAAUCACUACUUUUAUAG